AUGGAAUAUGAUUCUGUUUCUAAAAUCUAAGAAGAACUAGGAUAUUAUAAGAAAUAUUGUUAGUAGUUAGAGAAUUAGAAUGCUGCUUUAAACUAAUAAUUAUUUAAUAAUAUUUAAGGGAAAGUUUUGACAGUUUAAGAUGGGAAUUCAAACAAUUAGAAAUAAGAAGAAAAUAAUACUAAUAAUCAUAAGGAAUGUGAAUAAAGAUUAAAAUUAAUGGAGAGAUAAUUAAAACGAAAAUUGAUGGAAGAAUAGUUAUGGCUUAAAAGAUUUGAGUCUUAAUUAAAUGAAAUUGUAGAGUUAAAAGUAUAAGAAUAUAUUUAUAUAAGGCAAUUCAUGCAUAAUAUAUUUAAGAGUGUGAAUAAGAAAGUAUUAAAAAAACUAAAGAAAUUGAAAUAUAUAAUGAAGAAAUAGAACAAUAUAAAAAACAAAUAGAAAUUUAUAAAUAAGAGACUAAUUCAUAAAUUUACUUAGAGGAAAUAAAAGAAAUGAGAAAACAAUUGGAAGCAUCUGAAAUUAAAUUGGAAUCUUUGACAAAAGAAUUGUAAAUUAAGGAUUAACAAUUAUGUAUUUUAUAAAUAUAUAUUUUAGAUCAUAAAUAAGGAAAUGUUAAAUAGUCUCUAUUAUCAUUCAAAUAAAAAUUUGAUAUAGAAUUAAAAAAUGAAAAUCUAAGCACUGAACCAGAUAUUUCAAGUAAUAGUUAUUCAAAUAUAAUGCUAAGAGAUAUAUGA